AUGCGCGAUGAGGAAAGAGGUGGUACAGUUGCACUCCGGAGCGCUUUGACAACCGUGACCGACUGGGACGGACCGGACGAUCCAGAUAAUCCUCGCAACUUCUCACUGAGAAGGAGGACAUGUUCAACGAUUGCCGUCACAUUUCUGGCCUUCGUGAGUACGCUGGCGGCUUCGAUCUACAGUCCAGGCCACGAUGAAGUAUCGAAAGCCUUUGGUGUCUCAGACGAGGUGGCAAUUCUCCCGUUGUCACUGUACUCGUGCGGGUUGGCAUUCGGUCCUCUUGCGGGAAGUCCCAUGAGCGAGACGUUCGGGCGCAAGUCGGUCUUCUUGAGCACAACGCCACUCUUUGCGCUUUUUACCCUUGGGGCUGGGUUCUCGCAAGAUGUUGCGUCGCUAACCAUCUGCCGAUUCUUCGCCGGUGUCUUUGCCUCUCCCGCAAUCAGUUGCGCGUCGGCGACUAUCGUCGACUACACCGCAGGACGGUAUCGAGCUGUGUCGUUGGCUUUCUACUACUCGAUCCCCUUCUUCGGUGCCGUAUUCGGGCCUCUUCUGGGUGGCGUCAUCGUCGAAAAGAAAGGCUGGCGCUGGACGCAGUGGAUCACGCUAUUUUUCAUUGCCGUGUUCUACAUCCCGAUCCUGUUCACUAAGGAAACGUACAAAAAGACGAUACUACAACGACGAGCACGGAGGCUGGGCGUGCACCAGGUGCCUCAAGCUAAGAAUCCCGUCCUGGCCUCCAUCAAGCACUUUUUGACAGCCUUGCUCAUUCGACCGGUUCACAUGGCCAUCACCGAACCCAUCGUGACCUUGGUGUGCCUCUACAACGGAUUCCUUUUCGGGCUGAUGUACACCUUCGUGGUAGCCUCGCCGUGGGUAUUUCAGCACUACUAUGGCUUCGACUUGAUAGCACAAUCAUUGUCGUUUCUUGGUUUGAUGGUCGGCACUGCACUGGCACCUGGCCCUCUUAUUGCAAUCGACCUACGUCUCUACCAGCCACGCCUGAAGAGGUUUCGAGCAGUUCACUCUGACACAGAGGCAUUUCCUCCCGAGUACAGACUGUAUCCUAGUAUGAUUGCGUCUUUCACCUUGCCUACCUUCUUGUUUAUCUUCGCCUGGACCUCGCGUCCAGCGAUACACUGGAUGGUGCCGAUUGUGUUGCAAGGGCUGACGAUAAUGGCGACCGUGAUGAUUUACUCCUCGGUAAAUUUGUUCAUGGUCGACGCGUACGGACCGCUCUACGGAGCGUCGGCGGCCGGAGCAGCGAUGCUGUCAAGAUACGGGUUGUCGGCGGCGUUCCCACUGUUCGCCCUCCAGCUUUAUCAGAAACUAGGCGUAGGUUUCGCGACCACGUUACUGGCAUGUUGUACUUUAGCUAUGGCUCCUAUACCAUGGCUCUUCUGGCGAUAUGGAGACCUUCUCCGUGCGAAGACGAAGUACGAGACAAGCACAUGA